AUGACCGCACCCGACCCACCCCCAACCACCAAAGAAGGUCUAUCCGCCUACAUCUCCACCCAUCCAUCGUUCCAAGACACACGAUCGUCGUCGUCCCCUCUCCCCGCCCUGUACUCAGACCUCUCGCGGCAACGCAAGUCCAACCCUGCAGGCUACCGUGCCAGCGUCGAGUGGUGGAAAGACGUCUUGCUCGACGUGACCUUCCGCGGUGUACAGUUCGAAACUUCAGACACAGUGCAGGACCGAACCAUUUUCACACUGGACGAAUCGACAAAAGCACGAUGGACGAUCCCCUCCGUAGGCAGACCGUUGGGUUUGGGAACCGUGGUCUCUGACCUUGCGACCGAGCACGUCGCCUAUCGCGUCUCCUCUUUCCUCCACUCCUCGGCACCCAUCGCUCUACCUGCCUCCAUCAUCAGGGAUCGAUCCGGUGGUCGAGGGUUAAAAUCGUACAUUCCGACUCCAUCUGGAGUAGCGUCGACGUUGCUCCUCACACCGGCCAAGUUCCUCGCUUCGUCGCUGUACACCCUCACCAUCGGGGGUGCUAACGAUGACGAGUCGUACAGUGCAGACGAGCAGCUCUUCCACAAGAAUCGCGGAGAAUGGGUUCUGCUGCCGUUGGUGGAUCGGAUCGCGACGACGUUCUUGGCACGGUUCGAGGAGGAAGCGUCGAUCAGUCCGUUGGCGUGUCUGAUGACGAAGGGGGAAUUUGCGGUGAGGUUGGGUGAGAUCUGUGAAAAGGAAUUUGGGUUCGGUGUGGUGGGGGACAAGGACGUUGAUGUGUUGCUCAAGUAUCUCUCGCGAGAUCUCAACCGAGCGGUUCGUCAAGAUUCGCUGGUCAAGAUCUUCCUGCAAGGACAAUCACCGACAAGGUUGACUGCUGAGGAUAUGUCUGUCAUCACGGUCAAAGAGACACUUCGAAAGCUCGACUUGCAACUCAUCUCCCUCUCUCAACGAAUCACCUCCCUCGACUCCUCCAUCAAAACUUCCCUUCGACAGAACCAGAAACAACUCGCACUCACCCACCUGCGCAACCGGAAAACCCUGCAACAGACGCUCGAUCAACGCUCGAAUGUAAGGGACAAACUCGCCGCAGUGGUGGCCAAGAUCGAACAGGCGAAAACCGACGUUGAGGUGAUGAAGGCUUUCAGCGCGAGCGAAGAGGUGCUGCGCAGCGUGCUGGGGAGGGACGAGUUGAGGAUCGAGAAUGUCGAGAGGGUGAUGGACGGGGUAGAAGAGCUGGUGGGCAGACAGGGUGAGGUGGAAGACGCGAUGAAGAUGACGAGUGGUGACGUGGAUGAGGACGAGAUCUUGGAAGAACUAAAAGGGUUGGAGAGGGAGAAGCGCCAAGAGGAAGACACGAAGAGGUUGCAAGAGCAAGAGAGGAUCCCGGAGCAGAACAAAGUCAACCAAACCGACCCCAACCCAGAAUCAAAAGAAACCCAGGACAAACAACUCGAAGACGACCUACAAGCAAGACUUGACCGUCUACGCCUAUCCACUCCCCUCCCCACAUCACCACCGCCGCAACCCAAAUCCAACACUACAACACACCCCGCUCAUUCCGCCAUCGCCGAAUCUUAA